AUGCCGAGUUUGCUCAUCAAGCUUCAACGUCAUCUCACAUUCAGUCCUACCACGGCUUCGUUUGACUCUGGACAGCUUUCUUCAGCAUCGCAUUGUCCUGCUCUAGCUGAUCUGCAGCCUUUUUGGACUGGCCGCCUCAGCUGCUCCAAGAUCACAUUAUUGUUGCUAGUUUUUUUCUUUGUCCUGUCGCUCAACCCGGACACGAUGACCUCGUUAUUUCCAAGAAGUGAGUACGCUGAAGACCAGCAGUAUGCCAAAACCAUUCUUCGCUUCCACUGCUGGCUUCGCGGCCUGACCACGGGCGCAAUCGUAGCGGUCCCUACGGCCGCGGCGUCGACUUUGAUCUGGGGCCCUACAAGUCUACCUGUGUUCAACAACCGGCUUUUGGUUCACUCGUUCCGAGGCACGGUCGCCGGUCUGGUCUUUGGCGCCGUCGCCGUCGAAGGCCGCAUGUUUGGCCGCAGCGACAUCGAAUGGAAGGACAGGAGCUACCGAUUACUGGCUAACAAAGGCCAGAUCGAGGUGGAUAACUGGACUUUGAUCGGUGGAGCUAUUGGGGGACUUCUAGGUGCGAGGAGAGGGCUGAUCCCGCUGAGCCUCAGUCAGAGGGUGCUUGCAGGCGUCGGCUUAGGAAAUGUCGGAGGCACCUUGGGAUACGUGGGCUGGAGAUACGGUGUCAACGGUGGUAAGUGGCCUGAAGACAAGUAA